AUGGAGUCCGGCAACUACCAAUCCCCACCGCAAACCACCCCUACCACCACCACCACCACCCUGGCCAAAAAGCUGAAAGAAAAUUUGGUUUUCCGAUCAAAAUGGGCGGAACUCAACGGAGCAAUGGGCGACUUAGGGACAUACAUACCCAUCGUUUUAGCAUUAACACUUGCCGCUGACCUCAACUUGGGCACCACAUUGAUUUUUACCGGCGUUUACAAUAUCGUAACAGGUGCAAUCUACGGCGUCCCUAUGCCCGUCCAACCCUUGAAAUCAAUUGCUGCGGUGGCUAUCUCCGACCCCGAUUUUGGGAUCCCGGAGACCAUGGCCGCCGGAAUCUGCACAGGUGCAGUUUUAAUUUUUCUGGGUGCGACCGGUCUCAUGCAGCUAGCUUACCGGAUGAUUCCGUUGCCGGUGGUCAGGGGAAUUCAGCUAGCACAAGGUCUAUCAUUUGCCAUGACUGCAGUCAAGUACAUACGGAAAGUUCAAGACUUUUCAACGUCAAAAUCCAAAGGGAAUCGGAAUUGGUUAGGACUCGAUGGGUUAGUUCUCGCAAUCUUUUGCUUUUGCUUUAUCACAAUUGUUAAUGGUGGAGGCCAAGAACCCGAAAACGAAAACGAAAACGAAAACGAUGAAGAGAGUCAAGAUAAUAAACGAAGAAACUGGAGAAGGAACGUGUUUGCAAACUAUCGACCGAUCUUUUUCCCGAAAAAAACCGUGACACCAACCUCGGUUUCUGUAACAGUCGGGUUAAUGAACUUAACCGGAUGUUGGUUCGGUGCAAUGCCGACUUGUCAUGGGGCGGGUGGGUUAGCGGGUCAGUAUAAGUUCGGAGGGAGAAGUGGUGGGUGUGUAGCGUUACUUGGUGCAGCUAAAUUGUUGCUAGGGUUGAUACUUGGGAGCUCUAUCGUAAGGAUUUUGAUCUCGUUUCCUGUUGGGGUUUUAGGUGUGUUGUUGCUGUUUGCUGGUGUUGAGCUAGCGAUGUGUGCUAGGGAUAUGAAUUCCAAGGAGGAUUCGUUUGUUGUGCUUAUUUGCACUGCGGUUUCGCUGGUUGGAUCGAGUGCAGCUUUAGGGUUUGUGGUGGGUAUGGUUGUGCAUCUAAUUCUAAGGCUUCGGAAAUUGGGUGGGCCGGAUGAAAUACGAUCUUUUUCCUCCUUUUGGAUGUGUAGCUAUAGCCCGUAA